GAGCGUCCGAGAUAUCUCCUGAUGCGGAUGAUUAUGCCGCAAUGAAAUCGUAUUCCAUGAAUUUAUCGCGCAGCCUUUGGGAUACUUCCACAUAAGGGUUUGCCAGUUGCUUUUGGUGCCAGUAGUACUAUUAUCUCCUACUCAGGGAGCCAUUAGCAGCAUGCAGAGGGCGCGUCGUUAGCAUGUUAGCCUAAGAGCUACCACUUAGAAUAUAUUUAGUUCGGGUACAGCACUGAGCUCGGGGACGUGAUCAGCGCUUCAUUACUGAUACACGCAUUACUGAUACACGAUCCAACCACUUGAAUCAGCUCAGACUAGGCGAAGAGGACGUCCAGAAUGAUGAAAGACAUGAUAACUAGUAGAUGAGAUAAGAAGUCAUCCCCGAGAUGAGCGGGGGGAAAGACCACGACCAUCUUCAACUAUGACUUUGUCUUGGCAACGUCGCCGACCAAUCGCAAAAAUCCGCAGGAAUUCCAAUUUCAUACAACGUCAUUUACAAAAAGUGCAGACAAACAAUACAGCUAUCUUUUCUACAGUUUCAAUCUCGAAUUCAUCUACAUCAGCUGGGAGAUAUCAUCAGUGCUAUCCGACCGUACGAUUCCGAAGACGGAGCAGUUGCGACGCUCUCAGUGCGAUGCCUAGCCAACCGCCCCUCCCACCCCUCCUCACUCCCUACAUAUCGUCUCUGCCGCCAUCGUCCCUCACAGUCCUAUCUUCAGUCCUUGGCGCAACAGGGAAUUGGCUAGUCCUACGAUUUCUAUAUGCAGCCUUGAAUUCGUCUUCGACGUCAGACGCUGUUGCAGGCCUCAGCGACACCAACAAUGGGAGGAAGAGGAAGGUUGUGCUCGUGAGUUUUCUGCGGGGUUGGGAAUUUUGGAGGUCCGAGGCCAAACGAUUGGGCCUCGAUCUUGCCCGCCUCACAGACAAACGUCAAUUCGCUUUUGUUGACGGACUCUCCGAACUUUUCGUCCCCCCCUCCGCUACUUCGACUCAGACACCAACAAUUCAACCCUCAUUGCGAGGAACAGUGCCUCCCCGGACAGUUCUCCCCCUCAGGUCGCAACCCGGACCUGUUCCCGCGCGAGGACCGCAACCCGCUGCUCGGCCAGUCGCUGCCCCUCCGAACCCGCCAACAUCGAGAGAAGUCGGGCCAGUCAAGCGGCUUCACCUAUCGGGAAAUGGAAAUGCGGCUUUGGAUGUGCUCGAGAAAGACAUUGCGGCGGUGAUCAAUGAUCUGAAAACAUCAACAUCCGGAGAUGAACAGGAAGAGCUCGAGGUUUUAUUGAUUAUCGAUCAGCCAGAUCUGCUACUCGCCGCUACGGGUCCGAGCAGGGGCAUAGGCGCUACUGAGAUGGGAGAUUGGGUGAUGGGUCUACAACAGUGCGCUCACGCAACGAUCAUGACGGCGUCUUCUGACUCUCCGUUGAUCCACAACGCUUCCGCAUCUGCGCACCAAGGAGCAACUCCGCUGGAGACUGAGCAUGCCGCUUUUGCUAUCGGAUCGGCUCAUCGGUCGCACAUGGUUAUGCAGCUCCGAAACCUUGAAACGGGUGCCGCAAGGGAUGUCAGCGGUGUGCUCAGGGUCAGCAAAGGUGGCGCGUGGGGGCAAAAUGACAGCACCGAGGCUAAUAGUAGUUGGGAAGAGAAGGAAGUCCUAUAUUUCGUGCAAAGGGACGGUGGUGUUAGCGUCUUUGGGCGAGGAGAAUAGAUACUAAGGUUGUUGCAUCAUUCCAUGUCAUGUCCAGGCGUUCAGGCGUGCAUGCGGAAAAGAAUAGACCGGGGGUAAAUAGAAAUCUUGUCGCAAAUGGAUCGAAAAAGCACACCUGUUGUCGCAGAAACCACAUCGUACGCACUCGAGGGGUAGGUUGCAUUCAAGUAGACAGAUCACAUUGGACGAACAAUCUCAAACUGCAUCUGCCACGACAUGGGAUAUCUGCCAGCCCUAAACAAGACAAGGAAAUUCAUG